AUGGCGGCCCCCGCGAUGGCAGCGCCGCCGCCACCGCCGGCCUGCUUCCCCAUGCCCACCAGGCUGACGAUGCCGCCGACGUCGAUCACGCUCCCGGACCCGCCGCCGCUGUCUGUCGGCGGCGCCUGCAGGCGCGUGGCGGCCAAGCACAAGGCCGUGGUGGUGCUGGGCGCCACGGGCACCGGCAAGUCCCGCCUGGCGAUCGACCUCGCGCUGCGCUUCGGCGGCGAGGUCAUCAACUCGGACAAGAUCCAGGCGCACGCCGGCCUGGACGUGGCCACCAACAAGGUGGGCCUCGCCGAGCGCGGGCGGGUGCCGCACCACCUGCUGGGCGUGGUGCACCCGGACGCCGAGUUCACGGCGGCCGACUUCCGCCGCGAGGCCUCGCGCGCCGCGGACCGCGCCGCGGCGCGGGGCCGGGUGCCCGUCAUCGCCGGCGGCUCCAACUCGUACGUGGAGGAGCUCGUCGAGGGGGACCGGCGCGCGUUCCGGGACCGGUACGAGUGCUGCUUCCUCUGGGUGGACGCGCAGCUCCCCGUGCUGCACGGCUUCGUCGCCCGCCGCGUCGACGACAUGUGCCGGCGCGGCCUCGUCGACGAGGUGGCGGCCGCGUUCGACCCCCGCCGCACCGACUACUCCAGGGGCAUCUGGCGCGCCAUCGGCGUGCCGGAGCUCGACGCCUACCUCCGGGCGCGCGGCCGCGGCCACGGCCACCACCACGACCAGAUGCUCGCCGCGGCCCUCCACGAGAUCAAGGCCAACACGUCCCGCCUCGCCGUGCGCCAGCGCGGCAAGAUCCAGCGGCUCGAGCGCAUGUGGCGCGUCCGCCGCGUCGACGCCACGGAGGUGUUCCUGAAGCGCGGCCUCGCCGCCGACGAGGCCUGGCAGCGGCUGGUCGCCGCGCCCUGCAUUGACGCCGUCAGGUCCUUCCUGCUGGAGGACCAACAAGAGUACAGCAGCAUGGGCACCGCCGGCGCCAUGUUGCCUGCCGCCGUCGCAGCCGCGGCUGUCUAA